AUGUCUGGCAUCAGUUGUAUCAGUGGAAAUCAUACCAAUACCAUCAUAACCAUCAUCAUGAAAUUCUUCAAGGCUUGUGUUGUCGGUUUGGCUUUAAUAGCUCACUGUGUCGCCGCAGAGGAUGCAAAGACCGAUAACAAACAGACCAACAAGAGAAGCUUAGGCCUUUCAGGAUCGUCGUACGGACUCUCCGGCCUGUCUGGAUACUCCGGUUCGUCAUCAUACGGAUACGGGUCCGGCCUGCCUUCAUACUCACCAGGCAUCGGCCUCGCCGCCCCCAUCAGUCACGCAUACGCCGCUCCCUCAAGUUACGGAUACGCUGCCCCGGCUAGUCUCGGAUACUCUUCCUUCGCUGGUCACGGUUACUCCGCUCCGAUCGGUCUCGGGUACGCUUCCUCAGCUGGACUCGGGUACGCUUCCUCCGCUGGACUCGGAUACUCUUCCUUGGCUGGUCUUGGUUACGCCGCCUCUUCCGGUUAUGGAAUAGCUGCCCCGUCUUAUGGUUAUGGUAUCUCAGCUGCGUCUGCUGUGCCGACUAGAGUCAGCACUUCCAACCAGAUCGUGUCCGUGUCUGUACCACAGCCAUAUGCCGUUCCAGUGACCCGUCACGUGCCCGUACCAGUCGCACAACCCGUGCCGGUGUCCGUACCCAGAGCCGUCCCAGUCAGCGUACCUCACCCAGUUCCCGUCACUGUGAACAGGCCAUACCCAGUCGAUGUUCCCAGAGCUGUCCCAGUCAGCGUGCCCCACCCAGUUCCAGUCUCCGUUAGCAGACCAGUGCCAUACCCAGUGCCACAGCCGUACCCAGUAGAAAUCCAACAAACUGUCCCAUACUCCGUCCCGACCCCAGUCGUUGCCCCAGCUCCUGUCUCGUAUGCUGUCGCUGCUCCAGCCCCUGUCUCGUAUGCCGUCGCUGCUCCAGCCCCAGCCAUCAGCUACGCAUCCGCACCAGCUUACGCCGCACCAUCUUACGCUUCUGAGUCGUACAGCGCCGCCGCACCUUCUUACGCUUCAGCAUCGUACAGCGCCGCCGCACCUUCUUACGCUUCAGCAUCGUACAGCGCCGCCGCACCAUCUUACUCUUCAGCUUCGUACAGCGCAGCCGCACCAUCUUACUCUUCCGCGUCUUACAGCGCACCCGCUCCAUCAUACUCGUCUUCAUCUUAUAGCGCACCCGCUCCAUCAUACUCCUCGUCGUCUUAUAGCGCACCCGCUCCAUCAUACUCGUCGUCGUCUUAUAGCGCACCUGCUCAAUCAUACUCUUCGGCUUCCCUGAGUUCGUCCGAUUACUCCGGUGUCCAGUCCGGUAGCGGAUACAGCUCGUCAUCCGGCAUCAGUUCCUCGUAUGGACCACCGUCGUCGAGCUAUUCAGGCAGCAGCGAGUACAAGAAGUAUUGAAUCGAUCACUAUCCUUAAUUUGUGUCAUGUCGCACGGAACUAUAUUAGUUAGAUGUUCGUAAUAAUUGAAUACUUUGUUUUAUAUAUUAUAAUAUAUGUAUACUACUUGUUAAUGUUUUGUACUGUCACAA